AUGAGUCGGCGCAGUAGCGUCACGCCCGUCGUGACCGCGGGGAAGGCGAAGCUGAACCGCAACACCCUCUCGCACAGUCCCAUUGCGCUGCUCGACAUGUUGGCCGGCCCCAUUUGCCAGACGCGGCAGUUUGUGUUUUUGCGGCCCACCGCACAGCUCGCAGUGGCUGCGCAACGCGCCGCAAUUGAGGACAUGCGGCAUCUCUGGCAGCGGCUGCGGCAGGCGUUGCUGGAGGUGCUGUAUGCGGAGGAGGUGGUGCCGCCCAAGCUGCGUGCACGAGAGCACGUGCCGCCGACCUUCCGUGCACACCGCGUCACGGUGAGGCCGCUCCGUGCGGUGGAGGUCAUGCCGCCGAAACUGCGCGCGGAGGAGAGUGUUCCAGCAACGCGGCGAUUGCAGCUGCCGGACCCCGCCACGUAUGAGAGCCCGUAUGUGCAGCAGGACCGCAGCAAGGCGGAGGGGGAGGCGUGCCCAACAUCACCGGUCGCAUCGCACUCGCCGACGCUGAACGAGCUGCGGCGGCAGCUUCCGUUCCUGCAGGGGCACGGCGUGGGGCAGAGCACGGAGAGCGUGCAGCGGCAGCAACUCCCACCGACGAUACCGCCCAUGUGCGAGCGCGAAAGGGCAGAAACAUCAGCGUCAGAAGCAACGCGGCACCGGUGUGAAAACGGGAGAAGGUCGGCAACGCGUGACGUAUCGCCGUCGCUGUUCCGCACCCACGACCCGGACCCUGACGGCACCGCCUCGUCCCAUUCGGCCCCGUGGGAAGGGGGCACCGAUGCCGGCUUUGUCGGCGGGCCGUCGCGUGUGCAAAGCGUCAACUGCAGUACGAGCAUCACGGCUCCGUCGAACUCGCCAUCCCGCAGCAGUCUACGCAGCGGCAACAGCACCGCACUCUCACCACCUGCAGUCUCGAUGGAGUUCGCACAGAGGCAGCUACCGUUGGAGCACCGCCACCACCAUCAACACUACCACCACCAGCAGCAGGAGCAGCCGCAACAACUGUUGAGGUGGCACUCCUUGUUGUCGCUCUCGACGUCGUCCAUGCAGAAGGGCAGAGCAGAGGACGGGCCGUUGCGACAACCGUCGCGCAGUGUAGCGAGGAAUGGCGCAGCAGAAAAUGGCAUGCAUGCGCCGAUGCUCAAUGAGCAGAAUCGCCCACGAAGUUUUCAUGACUCGCAGAGCCCACCGAAGAAGUGUGUCAACGGUGGUGCGGAACAUCCGACAACGAGGACGCGAAGUCGUGAGGAAUGGCUAUUGGAAAGGCAGAAGCAGGGGUUGCAGGGAGUUCCCGACGCAAGGACAACGGUGACAGCAGCAGCAGCAGCAGCGAGAGAAGCCGUAGUAGUAGUAUCAGCAGCAGCAACAACAACAACAACAACCGCCUUACCAGCACCAGCGUCACAGCAAGAGGCUGGGGUUGAGAAAUCAGGGAUGCCUAGUCGCACCACAUCCGCACCCAUUGGGGAAGAGACGAGGGAAGGCACGGCUUCGGUGUCCUCAUCUCCGCUGAGGCAGCCCGAGUUGCAGCACGAUAAAGCGAAGGAAGGGAGAAAGAGUCGUGCGGUGGCCCCUGUAGAGCUCAAGCGCGGGCUUUACAAUGAGCCGAUAUAUGAACAUCUGCACCACGACCCGAAACAGUGGCCGAAGCAGCAGCAAGAGUGUAGUAAGCAGCCGCCGCAGUGGGAUAAAGCACGGGAGCGGAAAGUUGGGGCAUUUGAGCCCACAGUGGUGCCAUUAAGUGCACCCGCUCCGGAGUCGCAGUUUGAUAUCUUGCCAAGCACAGCGCACGGUGAAAAGGCGGUGGGACUCGAGAACAAGUCGCCGUUGUUGGACCUUCAGAUGAGGCCGCGGCGAUUGGCGUCUGUGUCGCAGUCACGCUCACCCACGGUUUCAUCACCGUGUCGCUGUAGCAAUAUCCGCUCGAGCACGGAGUCCAGCGCGACGAAGCGCCGACCGUACAACCGCCUGGGGACAUUCGAGCACCUCAAAGAGCAUCAACGACGCCGCCGUCACUUCCGCAAACGCGAUGCUGAUGGAAGGAAGAGGGGCGCCCGAAGUCAGAAAGGCGCCACCACCGCCAGCAGCAGCAGCAGCAGCGGCAGCGACGAGCGCGCGGCGUCGCAGUGUUGUGACGGCCUCUUGCUGCGAAAUCGAACGCCCAGCGAGGGUCCGACGUCACGAUCCGCAGGAGUCGAAGCGGAAAGGCGCCGCUACGCACUCAUGUCGUGGCGCCACGAGCUCGGCGUUGAAAUCAAUGUGGACGACGCGCGUCUCCUUCCGCCUGCUGUGGCGGCGGAAGAAGAGGAAGCAAGGAGGCUGGCCCUGCGACUGGGAGAGAAGGCGAGUUGGCCGCUCCACGACAGGCGGCCGAUGGCUGAGCGCAGCAGAGGCAGCAGCCCGAGCCACACGCAACGCCCCUCCCAGCAGCACGGGUGGUUGCAGUGGCAGCCUGCGAGCGGCUUCCGCAGUGCGGCUCUGCCGCGCCCCGUGGCCUCCGCCGCCCCUGACGCAUGCGACGAUGACGACGAGCAGCAGGAGCAGGAGUGUUUCGAGGAUGAGGAAGACGCGUCGUCGGCGCCGCCACGAGCGGUUUCACAGACACGCUGUGGAGGGGAUCGGAUGGAGAUGUCUUUCUCACGCCACACGCAGCGUCCGUGA